AUGUCUACAAAAACGGUCCCGACGCGCGGUGCGCAAGGGAAACCAGUCGUUGGAGGUGGUCUUCCAAGUCAAACACUAUACUGUACCAAUCUGCCCGAUAAACUCCGCAAGUAUGAUUUACGGCUCUCGCUUUACACACUUUUUUCCACCUACGGCGUGGUUUUGGACGUCGUGGCCAUGAAGACCCAAAAAAUGCGCGGUCAAGCCCACAUUGUUUUCAAAGAUGUCCAAUCCAGUACGCAAGCCAUGCGCGCGCUUCAAGGGUUUGAAUUUUUCGGCAAACAGAUGAAAAUUGUCUAUGCCAAGGGCUCGUCAAAUGUCAUCGCCAAGCUCCGUGGGACCUACAGUGCACCUUCUGGGGCUCUUCCAGGGAUUGUUACAACAGACCUCCAAAAGUCGAUUUUCAGCGGCCCCCCUGGGUCCACGGCAUUGCCCCCCAAGCCCGCCGGCGAUGUAAAUGGCGAUGCUCAGGCAGCGCAUGGUGUCAAACGGCCGCGUGAAGAUGAAAGCGACGAAGAAGAAGCGCCCAUGGAUGAAGAGAGCGAUGUGCCCAUGGAGGCUUCAUCCGAUGAAGACUAGAAAACCCAGUGGAAUUCGGAUUCUUCGAACCAAGUCGAAAGGUCAUGCGGAGAGGGACGUGAGAAGAAGGAACCCACCCCAGCGCGUUUCUUGUUGCUGCCUCAAAUUAUUCGCCUUGGGUCCGAGCCUGAUCAUUGGCGACGAAGAUGGCAGACGGUAAAUGUAGACCAAGACGGCUGCCCACCAGCCCAAGCCAGAUGAUGAGAUAAGUAUCGGGGUCGACGGCCUGCUGCCCUGCGAUGCACCUCAUAGCGUCCGCAGUGUUACAUGGAUGAACAAAAGAUGCGGGGGUCCCGGAUUCUGGAUGGUACUACAAGGCAUGAGCUUUGGAUCAUAAAGCGGUUAUGAGCGAUGGCACCUACGCCAAAACUAAUACUUCCCAUGACACCAACACUUUGGAGCUCGUUUCUAUGCUGGUCCGAUACGAGAUACUGGUAAACAGCGUCUAACCCCAGCGGUCCCG